AUGAUCCACGUUCCUUUCAUCUGCUUUUGUUUGACUACCGGACUCUCUGUGUCGUCUUCUCUUAGGAUUCUGGACAAUCGUACGGACUGCAGCCAGAUGGGUCUUAAGAACUGCAAAAUUAAUAACUGCUCAGUCAAGCAUAGAGAUGUCCUACGUAGAGAUGCUCCUCUUGGCCCAGACUGGGAGCCUGAGCAUGUGGGAGUCUGGAUGGACCAACAUGGGCCUGUUCCUGUUGUGAAUGUAACAUGGAAAAUAAAGUCUGAUAGAGGUGCCCUGAUCCUUAAUGGAUCAGAGAUACAUAUUCUGGAUGAAAGUACAAAUCAAAGUUUUUGUUUCCAGUUUUCUUACAAACUUGACCAUCAGGUGAAUCCAUACCAAGAGAAGUGGAACUUUUCCUUGGCUGGAGUCGUGGUUGAGCCUGGGCAUACAUACAACGUGUCUAUUUUCAAUCUGCCAGAACCUGUAACUAAAGACUACAGGAUUAAUGAGCCAAUUACAAUCCCAGGAUGUGAUGAUGAGAGAAUCAAAAUGGCCCGAACGUGCCAGGAGAAUGGUAGCCUAUGGGAUCCUCAGCUGACCACUAAUGUGUUUCUUAAUAGUAAACGUAAAACCUUUUCCAUUGUUGUGGGUUUUGAGGCAGCACAGUAUUCAGAGAGGUAUCUGGUCUCCAUCAAGAACCAUGAUAUCCCUUACUCAAAAAAUGUCUCAAAGGCAAACAGAACAUCGCUGAAUGUGACAUUUGAGAUAAGUUGGCAGCAGCUCUCACAAUGUGAAAUGUUGGUCAUGGUUCAGCCAUUUUUUGUUCGAUGCAAGAAUGACUGUCAGCUUUCCGAGAAAACACAUAAUUUUCACCCUUGUUAUCCAACACGGACUUUUAUUAUAAAGGCAACUGUGGGGCUACUUGUCCUUGGGUGUCUUGCUUAUUUACUGUGGAGAGCCUCUUAUAAAGAUCCUGUGAACACAUCCACAUCUGAUGCUCAACAACAACAACAAGAAGGUUUUCAACUGCAAGAGAGGAGAAGAGUCUUCGUCAUCUACUCCCUUGAUCACCCAUUAUACAAAAACAUUGUCCUCAAGCUUUGUGCUUUCCUGGCAACCAAAUGUGGCACUGAAGUGGUCCUGGAUCUGCUGGACUCUAGAAGACUGGGCGUGUUGGGAAGCAUCCAGUGGUUGGAUUGGCACAGAGAGCAAAUAGAAAGCUCCUCAGAUAAGAUACUAAUCCUGUGCUCACAAGGAGUGCAAGCCAAAUGGAGAGCCAUGUGUGGUGACAGACAUGUUUUUCUCAGAGAGGACGCCCGCUCAACUUCAGGUGACAUGCUCAGUCCAGCCCUCAGCCUCAUGGUCCCACACUUUAUCCGAUCUGCGUCAUUUGAAAAAUACAUUGUUGCUUAUUUUGACGAUGUGUGCUCUGAUGAAGACGUUCCUUCACCUUUCAACAUCACAGUGCGAUACAAGCUGAUGAAACAGUUCGAGGAGCUCUUUUUCAGAAUCUUGGAUGCUGAGAAGCACGAGCCAGGCAGAGUGAAUCACAUUGUAGGGCUUUCAGAGGACGAGUACUAUCGCUGUCCCUCAGGUGGAGCCCUGCGGGACGCCAUAGAGGCUUUUCAUGCACACCAGCUGGAACAUCCACAGUGGUUUGAGGAGGAAUUACUGGAAAUCUCAAAGACCUCAGCUGAAAUCUGUGGCGAUGCAAAAACAACCACAAGCCUCAUCACGUAUUGUGUACCUGACUCAACCCAAGUCACCAGUCAUGCAAAAACUCAAGAAAGUGAUUCUACUGUGGACCGAACAGUACUUUGUGACUAAAGAAUUUCAAAUGUGAACCUUAGCUGAGUUCACCUUGCUUAUUAUUGCUUAAAACAUGGCCACCCCUUUGACACAAUUGCAUUAGUUUUUUUGAGACAAAUCAUUGUCAAUCAUCAAAGCAGUACAUCAGAUGUUCAAUUUGAAGUGAUUCAAGUUCUACAAUUACCAUCAACAAUAUUGAUACAUAAAUCUGAGAGAACUCACCAUUGGACACAAGCCGAUAUUAAACUCAUAUUAAAGAAAAUCAGCUGGUAUGUGGCUAAAGGAUGUAGAUGGAUGAUUCUGUGUGACAGUACAAAUUCAUGGUUUCCUUAACAGUUUAAUUUUUAUUUUAUUUUACCCUGCAUCUGCUUGUCUUCAUAUCAAUUCUGCAGUUAUUUGUGCGUGCUGCAUUAAUGUUAAAUAUAUUUUGCUUUCACUCAGAAGACAAACCCAGAGUAGUUUGGACUGGUUUGGAGAUCUGUGGUUGAUGCUUUUGGGCUGUGUAAACAGAGUUUGGGUCAAAGUUCAGCCUUCUGGGCAAAGUUUCUGGCAUUUUUGUUGCACUGGAGAAGGUAAGCACUUAACCCUGUUGUGGGACAUUGUUUUAUUGUAAAAAAAAAAUGAAGAUUUAAUGUAAUAUGCUUGACUUUUUAAUACAGCAAAGCAUAAAUCCUGUUUAGUUAAUAUUUCUACAAAAGGUAAAUUGUGCCCCUCCAGCUGCAUAGAGCCUUUUUUUUUAGACGUGAGGAAAUGUUAUGUCAUUUAAAUUGAUGCAACGCUUCAGAUGUUUUUAUUGUAGUUUAAAGUGUUUGUUGUCUCUGAUCCUCUUAGUGUCAUUGAUGAUAUGUCAGAUUAAAGACAGUUUGCACAAAA